UUUGUUUAUCGACUUGUGGUUUCAGGAGCGCUGAAAUGUUUGCCGCGAGAAAUGUUAAUUCACGUCUUGUGCUACACUGAAGAUCUGGAAAAUACGUGGUUGCAGCGGCCGGCCAGUGCGGAGUCGAAUUGCUCGUCGGGGCGACGCACGCUGUCACCUGCCUGCGCGGCGAGGCGGUGUGGGGCGGCGCUAACACGGACCGGGCGUCAGGAUGUCUGCAGAGGAGGCGCGCGCGGCGGCCGACCCGCGCCUGCAGCUGCUGCAGGAGAUGCGGCCGCACAGCCUCGACAUGAUCCGCUUCGCCUCCUACCGCACCGCCUGCAAGCUGCGCUACGUCCAGAAGAGGGCCAACCUGCAUGCAGUGGACAUCUGGAAUGUGAUUGAGGCUUUCCGUGAGAAUGGCCUCAACACCCUGGAGCCACAAACAGAAGUAAAUGUGUCACGGCUGGAGACACUUGUCUCAAGUUUGUACCACAAUCUCAACAAACGGUUGCCAGUAGCACAGCAGGUGCAUGUUGAGGCAUGCUCCAGCUUGUUGCUCAACUGGUUGUUGGCUGCUUAUGCUGUUGAGAAUGUUGGAAAGAUAAGAGUCUUCUCAAUAAAAGUGGCUCUUGCUACCAUGUGUGCUGGUAAACUUAUGGACAAAUUGAGAUAUAUAUUCUCUCAAAUAUCAGAUGGUAAUGGCCACAUGAUAGUCUGGAGGUUUUCAGAAUACUUGCAAGAGGUGCUGGCAUUACCCGCUGCUGUAUACGAGUCACCUUCAUUCAGUUAUUCAGAUGGGCUAGCAAAUUCCAUCUUUCCUGGGAGUGGCAAAGUGACUGUUAAUGAUUUCAUGGACACAAUGAUGUCAGAUCCUGGCCCUCCCUGCUUGGUUUGGCUGCCAUUACUGCAUAGGCUAGCAAGUGUAGAAACAGUUGUCCAUCCCAUGGCAUGUGAUGCAUGUCAGAGAGAAGGAUUUGCUGGGUUUCGGUAUCGCUGUCAGAAAUGUCACAGCUAUCAGCUGUGCCAGGAUUGUUUCUGGCGUGGACGAGUAUCUGGUCCCCAUACCAAUGACCAUGAAGUGAAAGAGUACACAACUUACAAGUCGCCUAGCAAGCAAAUAGGACAUUCCCUUCGUAAAUCUUUCCGUUGUGUUCCUGAAAAGGGAAGACCAAACAUCCCUCGUUUCCCAGAAGAACCAGAAAAGACGUUAAAUUUGUCGCAUAUAGUUCCUCCUUCUCCUCUGCCAUCUCAUAAUGGGUUCCCUGAGAGUUCAUUCACAUCCCCUUUUGAUGGCGGUUCAAUGGACAGCCGUUCGACAGUCCGGAGUGCUUUCUAUACAAGCAGCCCUGGAAAAUACACAUCUAGUCUUGACUCCACUCGUCUUGAUGAUGAACAUAGGCUCAUCGCAAGGUACGCUGCGAGAUUAGCUGCAGAAGCUAGAACAGUGCAACAAGGACGAGCAACGUCAGAAGGUAGCUUGAGUCUGGAUACAUCACAGGCACAGAGAGAGUUGAUCAGUCAGCUGGAAGCCAAGAACCGCGAGAUCAUGCGCGAGAUUGCAAGGUUAAGGCGGCAGCAAGAACUGGAGGCUGCUGGUGGUGGCAGUUCAAAUAGUGCUGCAGGUGAGGAGAACCCCGCACUUGUGGCAGAGCUGAGGGCACUACGGCAGCGCAAGGAAGAACUAGAAACACAUCUUGGUGUGCUCCAGGACUCACGUAGGCAACUUAUGGUUCAACUGGAGGGCCUUAUGAAACUACUGAAGAAUCACCAAGCUUCACCACGCUCCACACCAAAUUCAUCUCCACGUUCAACAAAAUCACCCCCACUACCACCUGGCGCUGGUGCUCCAUCAUCAAGGUCAGCCCCUCCAACUCCUGGUGGCCAGCUUCAGCCUACCAUGAUGUCCUCACUUGGUUCAGGAGCUGAUUCUCUCACAGGUGUUGGGGGAGAUGUAAGAUCAGCUUUUGGAGCAUCCUCAGGAUCAUCUACAUCAUCUUUGGCUGGGUCAACAAACAAUUCUGGAACAACAAACAGCAGUAGUCGAAGCCUUCGCAAUGACUUGCUAGUAGCAGCUGAUUCUGUUACAAAUGCCAUGUCCACACUUGUCAGGGAACUAAACUCCGAAGGCUCAGACCAAGAGGAUGGAGAUGACAACAUCAGAAAACCUUUAGAUUUUGAAACUGAAGAUGGUGAGUCAGAUGGAACAAGCAACACAGCUGCUUUGUGGAGGGAGGAAAUACGGAAGAGAUAUGAGCAGGAAUCCCAGUUCAUUGCUGAGCUCCGAGCCAGGAAUCUGGGAAAUGGUCAAGAAUUUGAGGAGAAGGCAUCAAAUGAAGCAAAAGGUGCGGGUGAUGAGUCUGACUAUGAACAACGACAAAAUGCCUUGCGCAGGAGAGCAAGCGGCCUUACAGACGAUGACAGCUAUAAGGAAGAUGAUGACUCGUACAUUCGUACAGAUGACGAUGAUGGUGGUUCAACAGAUUGGGAAGAAGCCAUGAAACGUUGGGUCAAUCGAUAAGAGUUCAGUUUUUAGAAAUAUUCUUUCGAAUUGUUCAGUUGCUCUCUUGGAACAAAAAUGUGUGUACAUCAUAUUGAUAAUGACUGCUGUAAAGCUGGUAUAUCACAGAUACAAAGUAAGCUUCUGAGAUUACAUAUCCGCUGCUGAAAGCACAAUGCGUCAACAGUGGUAUAAAAAAAGUUCUUUCAGCUGAAAUGUAAUAUGACACAUUCUGGAAAGGCACAACACUUUUAAUUGGUCUGUUCAGUGAGGAUAUUAAUAAGACAUUUUAAGUUUAUUCAUAAUUUUGUGCCUCACUGAAAUUAAUUUUUUUUAGUGAAUGGUGCUGUCUGAGACAAGAUAAAGCACUAUCUUUCACACAUGCAUAUCAGUAUACACCUAUCAUUUAUUUUAGUUACAGUAAAAGAGGGAGCAAUGUAAAGGGCACCAAUAGUGAACUCUCUGCAGUUAGUACUUUUGGCAAUGAAACUGAGGGUUCUGCCAGUCCGAAUAGAUUAAAAUAGAAAUAGACGCAAAAUACAUUCUCUGAAAUAUUUUCUAAAGAACAUGUCCAUUUAGUCAGCACUGUGUGCUAGGAAUAAUGGUUUGAUAUUAUUAGGUGCUAGUAAUCUCACUUUCCUAUACUGAAUAUUUGUUUAGUUAACAAGAUGAUCACAACAGAUCAUUAUUAAUUAUUACGAAAAUAUGUUACAUGACACUGAACUAAUGUGGGCAUUGCUGAUGCUUGCAUUUUUUUAAUAUAUUUGAGCAACACGUUGAUCACACAAAUAAUGUUAUAUAAAUGAUAUGAAGCAUGACCUUUUUAUAUCUUAAUGAGUGACAAAUCAUCAUAGUUAAGUUGCCUCCAGACUCAGGUAUAUGAAAGUGAUUUAAACUGGUUAAUAAAAAUCAAAUAAAAUAGGAAGGAAGACCAAUUACACAUUCACGACUGCACCUAUUUCCUUUCGGUAACAGAGCAAGAAAUACAUACCUUUUAUUCUAAGUUCUCGGUACAUGAAUUCUACAUUAGAAGAAGCUAGUGUCACCAUGGUGUGGGGAAGUACUGACACAAUUGUGAACAUCGAUGUGCUUACUCUCCAAGGUGCAGUCAAAAAACUGUGAAAUGUCUCAAAAAAGACUUGCGUGCCUCACCCUGAUGCAUACAGGUUAUUGCCGAGUGAAACAUACAGAGAUGAUUGUUAUAUAAUUUCAGGUGAUACUGUUGAAGAGCAGUAGGUUAAGUUGUAAACAUUUUGCUGUGCAAUAGAAAUGCCAUACAAACAAGAGAAACUUUAGUGGAUACAAAUCCAGUUCCUAAGACAUUUCAUUAUUUAAACUAUAUGAUGGAUUCACCACUAAGAUCAAAUACUGCGAAAAAAAUCAAUUCUUGGGAAUAUCCUUGUCCACAUUACAAACUUGGAGCAAUGAAAGCUAUUACGGGCAUGUUUCAUACUCUUCUCCAUUAUUGAAAGAAAAUUUUAUUUUUCGAUCCAUAGCUAAGACUACAGAAAAAUAUUAUGGGCAGUUUUUCCACUUCUUCUUACAAGACACUCUUUAUGCAGAUAGAUCAGUAUUUCCUCACUGCAUCCUUCCUGCUCAAACUGAAACACACUAAUAACUUAUUUCAUAAAUCGUUCUACUCUGACUGCACUAUCCUCAAUAUUGUGUGGGGAACCUAGCACCAAUAAUGGAUCUAGGAGAAUGGGCAAUGUAGAAUGGACUUCAUAUAACACUCUAUUUUUUGUAUAAAUGAGGUAAAACACAAUGCAAAUUAACACCUGAGUUUUGUUACAUGACAGAAACAAAAAUGUGUAAGUGAACGGAAGACACACACAAAGGCAACAUAAUUAACAGCCUGUACAUAAUGAAGGUGAAUUUUGAAAUAUGUUAAUCUGCAGUUUUGCCUCUGAAAAUUGAAAUAUGAAUAAAGGUAAAUUGGCACAAAAUACUGGUCAGAUUUGAGCACCUGUCUAUUUAAGUAAAUUUCAUGUUGCUAGAGUCUGCGAAGUGUACAGAUGUCUACAUAAAAUUGUUCUUUUGGGUAAAAAUUUAUUCACUUUUUUGCUGUUAAUCAUUUACUUAAAAAAAAAAGUUCUCGAGGUGUCAGCUAUACAUGUACACAAAUACUUCUAAUUGUGUGGAAGUUGUUUACAUCUCAAUUUAUGGCUUAGUUCAAUUACUAGGACAUUAAUGAAUUUGGGCCUAAUUGUUAAUUUCAGUGUCUAUACCAUGUAAAGAACCUUUAUUUUAAAAAAAGUUGUCGAGCUAAAAAUUUUUUUCAUUUGGUCAAUUCAAUGCUCUUCUGCCGUAUGAAUGGCCUUCAAAACUGAUUUUAAUAUUUCUUUGGGCUCCAAAGAGCCAGAGGUUUAAUUCUUGUUUCUGCUAAAGCAGCUGAUUGCACACAACAGGAAAGGCAUGAUGGGUACUCUCCAACAUCGACAUAUAUGUUACAGGUUUUGUUUGCUUUGUAUAAUACUUUUCAAAACACUUCUCCUCUUAGUAGUAUGUGGCACACUAAGGUUGGGUAGUUCCUGAUUUCAUGGCUUACAGUAAAAAUAAAUUUACAGCUGCAAGGCAGUCCAGGAGAGGGACCUUUCAAUUUAUUCAUGUGCACCAACCUGAUUUACUACAGGGAAGGUAAUAUAGGUGUACACGAGAAGAAAGAAUGGAUUAAAACUACGAACUGUGAAGCUUUGUAUAGUUUGUCAGUCAAUCAUACUGGCAUGUAGAUCUAUAAAAAUGUAAAUAUAUAUAUAUAUAAAUGUAAGAUCUGUGUAAUUGCUUUGUAGAUUGUAUCUGCACAUGACGAACUAUUAUAUGUAACAAUCCUCUACACUGUUACCAGUCCAAUUUACUGUAAGUGUAAACUGUAUUAUAUAAUGGCACUAUUUUAUUGUGGAUGGUGUAAAAUAUAUUUUAAAAUGGAAAAA